CCGCACUGCCCGCAAAGAGGUGAUGACUGAAUUUUUUUGGAAGCGACCAGCACCAAAAGAUGGAAUCUUUGCCUUCUGAUGAUAAGAACAAAAGGAGGAGGCUGAGACACAGGAGAUGCACCAGCAACUUUGAAAACGUAGUCCACAACCAGGAAACUAUAAGUAGCCACCAUGAUUCGAUGACUAAUGCGAACAAAACAUAGCAUUAACCGAUAAUGGAGUCGAUCACCUCAAUGAAUGCCGAUGUGCUUUAAUUCUAGGUAGAAUCGAAAAUUAAAAAAGAUAAAUAUUCCUUCCAUUCAAAUCCUUCCUCAUAAUCACAGUAAUAUGUUCGUAUUAGAAUUUAUGUAAUGCAGAGGAAACAGCGUGAGGAUUGCCGCUUUGGAAAUAAACAGGGAGAUGUGAUGACUUCGACGGGAAAAAGAUCCCCCCUGCCGUCCUCCUAAAAGGGUGAUGUCCCCUACACACAAUCUUAUUGCUCUUCGGUUCUCAGAAUUUGUGGUUCUCAAAAGUACGUGUCAUCGAUAUUCUGUCGUCCUUCCUCUCCUUUAGCACUUUCGCCAGCAUUAUUCCCCAACUGGAUCCAUCCCAUCACCACCACCCCCACAAUCCCACUCGCCUAUUGUUUAUAAGUAGCACCCUUAGCAACUGCCUCUCUGCAGCGGCCAACACCUAGCCCAUAGCGUCCAGAACUUAGAACAGUCCCUUCCCUCUCUUUCACCUCUCCCUUGGAGCUUCACUCACUUCCUUCUUCCUACUCUCGAUCAUCUCGUUUCAUUCACACCACAGCUCCUACCUCCAGAUGGCCUCCAGCUCCAUGAGCUCCUCCCGCACCUCAGAGUCCUCCUGGACCUCAAGACAGAAUAAGCUGUUUGAGGAGGCUCUGGCGAGGUACGACGAGGCAACCCCAGAUCGCUGGCAGAAGGUGGCCGAGGCCGUCGGCGAUAAGUCAACCGAGGAGGUGAAGCGCCAUUACGAACUGUUGAUCAAAGAUAUUAAUCGCAUCGAGUCGGGCCGUGUGCCGUAACGCAGCAGUUGAUCCUCUUCCUCUAGUUCCAGGGGAGGCAGCAACCUGGCCCUUGAGGAGCAGA